AUGUACUACCCCAAGAAAGUCCCCUACGUUCGUCUGGGAAACUCCGGCCUGAAGGUCUCCAAGAUCAUCCUCGGGUGCAUGUCUUACGGGUCUCCAGAAUGGCAGGCUUGGGUCUUGCCGGAGGAGGAGGGUAUCAAGCACAUCAAGGCUGCCUACGACGCGGGGAUCAACACCUUCGAUACGGCGAAUGUCUACAGCAACGGGUUGUCGGAGGUCAUUCUCGGGAAGGCGAUCAAGCAGCAUAAUCUGCCGCGGGACGAAAUAGUGGUGAUGACGAAGGCGAGUUCGGGUGCUGCCUUUAGGGAUCGGGAUGGGGUUCGAGGGAAGAGACCGCUUACGCGCUCCCUGCAGGUCUUCGGCGAAGUGAAGCGCAACAUCAGCGAGGGCUGGACGCCGAACGUCGACCCGGAUACGGUGGGCUAUGUUAAUCAGCAUGGGCUGAGCCGCAAGCAUAUCUUCGACUCCGUCAAGCAUAGCCUCGAGCGGUUGCAACUGGACUACAUCGACGUGCUGCAAUGUCACCGCUUCGAUAAGGAUACGCCAAUCGAGGAGACGAUGGAGGCUCUUCACGAUGUGGUGAAGGCGGGCUGGGUCCGCUACAUUGGCAUGAGUUCGUGUUGGGCGUACCAGUUCAGCGCAAUGCAGAACUACGCCAUUCAGAACAAGCUCACUCCUUUCAUUUCAAUGCAAAACCACUACAGCCUCGCUUACCGUGAAGAGGAGCGCGAGAUGUUCCCAACGCUCAAGCAGUUCGGCGUAGGCGCUAUCCCGUGGUCCCCCCUCGCUCGUGGCCGCCUCACCCGCCCGCUCGACCAGCAGACCAAGCGCGGCGAGACUGACCGCUCCUUUGGCGUCUACAGCAAGGCUAAGGAGAGCACCGAGGCCAUCGUCAAUCGCGUCGAGGAGCUCGCGAAGCAAAAGGGUUGCAGCAUGGCGCAGCUUUCGCUGGCGUGGAUCAUGUCCAAGCCGGGCGUAACGGCACCUAUCGUGGGCACGACGUCACUAGAGAACCUGCAGGACUUGAUUGGCGCGGUGGACAUCAAGCUGUCGGAAGAGGAUGUGAAAUAUUUGGAAGAGCCGUACCACCCACAGGCUGUCAUCGGUCACUGGUGA